GUUUUCGUCAACCUUUCUUCAUCAAAAUCAUUUCAAUAAGACAAUUUAGCAAUCAUAAACAUCAUGCAGGACGAUUUAGAGGUCACUGGCAUAAGCAGAAGCGGGCGGGUUAGGAAGAAGAGCUCUAAGCUCAUGGAUUUUGAGUCUCCGGACGAUAUUGAGACACGUUUUCGUAAGCAGACACCCGUGAAGUCGUUUGCCAAUUUCCGCCAAGAGGAGACGCCGGAAUUUCCACCUCAGGAGCCCCCAAGGCCGACUGAAGAGGCGGGAACUGCGUCAGGAAGCGAGUCGGAUUACUAUGAGAAUAAUGGGGAGAAUGCUGAUAGUAUGGAGUCGGACAGCUCAGCAUCCGAUGAGGGCUCGGCCCGGACUCCGGCCAAUUCCCUUUACAUGAUGGAGAAAAGUAGCAAGAAGAAGCUGAUCGUCAAGGACGGGAGAGUGGUCGGGAGAGCUAAAGCACAGAGGAAAGACAAAGGCAAAACACGCAUAACAGCGUACAUGAUGUGGGCUAAAGAAGCCCGCAACGAACUCCUACGGAAGCAUCCGGACAUGGACUUCUCUGCGAUAUCUAAACGAUUGGGAGAGAUGUGGGCUAAUGUGAACUACAAUGAGCGGUACUUGUGGAAGCGUAAGGCCAAACGCUUCGCCAUCCAGAAGGAACAGCAGAGCGGACAGCCUACAGCCAAUAAGAUCAUAUCCAACUUGAGCGUCCCGCGUCCCCUGGGCAACCCGGGGCCCGGUAGGCCUCCUGCCAACCGCGCUCAGCCCAAACCAUUGGUCCCGUCGCCGCCGUCACAGGCUUUGGUGCCGGUGUCUUCAGCCGGUGCUCUUUCGACCGGCGGCGCGGGCGUGUACCGCGUGUCGGGCUGCGGCGCCGUGGAGGUGGCGGCGCAUCUACGGCUGCUCGGCGAGAGCCUGGCCAUCAUCGGGGCGCGGCUCAAGGAGCACGAGUAUAGCAGCCCCCAGCCGUCGUCAGCCGGCGGGCUGGGCCCCGGCGCGGGCGUGUGCCGCGUGUCGGGCUGCGGCGCCGUGGAGGUGGCGGCGCAUCUGCGGCUGCUCGGCGAGAGCCUGGCCAUCAUCGGCGCCCGGCUCAAGGAGCACGAGGGCCAAAUCGCGGUAUCCGGGUCGGUGUCGGUCCUCCUCGACACACUGCUAUGCUCGCUUGCGCCGCUGCUGUGCGUCACCCGCGCGGUGCCAGCGCUGGCGCCGCCACCGCGUCUAUUGCAGCAUACACUGCACAAUAUCGCUUAUAUCAUGCCCGGCCUGUGAGACAUACUAGCUCCGUCACGUGACAAAUACAAAUAUCACGUGAUAUUUGGUGUUACGUGACAAAUACUAACUCUGUCACGUGAUAUUUUGUGUCACAUGAUAUUUAGCCUCAGUUGCACUCUCACAUCUUAAUAUUAACCGGUGUUUUGUGUGGAGUUUGACAGACUUUUGAGGUUUGUUAAAGUUAAAGUAAGAUGGGGCAACCUUAGAACACGCUAUAUUAUAAUGGCCGGCCUGUGAAAAAUACUAGCUGUGAAAAAAUCACGUGAUAUUUUGUCACGUGAAAGAUACUAGCUAUGUCACGUGAUAUCUUGAUAAAUACUGAAAAGUUGAAUAGAGAGCUAGGUUAGUUUCAAUAUGAAAAAUGCCUGAAUAAUAAAGAGUUACACGUUGGAAACUAGUUUAAAAUGACAUUUUAAUUAAAUAAAUUAAACAUUAAAGUAGUUUUCGACGCGUGUGUAACUUUUUAUUAGUAAUUGAACGAGGUUGAACAGCAAUAAAUUAAUGUUAAUAGAAUGUUGACUAGUAUUUUGUUCACGUGUAACUCGAUGAGUUAAGUAAUUAUUGAGUGACACAUUUGAUUACAAUAGUAAAAAAUGUACAUCUUUGUUAGUGUUGAAGCUAUUUUUGUCCGUGUGUUAAUAAAGUAUUUUUUAAAUCA